AUGGUUCGCCGAGGUCUCAAAAAAUGCUGUUUCACCACAGUGGUUCUCUUGGCCAUUCUCGCUAUCAUCAUCGUGACCUUAGCGCUCACGAUCUUCAAGCCCAAAGACCCUCAGAUUACACUCGAGCCCGUCAACCUCGAGAACAUCCAGUUCAACACGACCGACAUCAAGUUAAGCAUGCUCGUGACGAUCCACAACCCUAACUACGGCAGCUUUGAGUACAUUAGCAUGAACGGUUACGUUAACUACCAUGGGUCGACAGUGGCUGAGGUCCCCCUCACGCACAAAAAGAUUCCUGCUCGGGCAAAAGUCACCAUGGCCACUUCGAUGGAUCUGAGCAUCGUUAAAUUGAUAUCGAACCCGAGUUUCUGGGACGACAUCGCCUCGGACUCCAUGAACUUCACUUCUACGGCGACUUUACCUGGGAAAGUCAGAAUGGCCAAGAUCUUUAAGUUCCAUGCCACCGUUUAUACCAACUGCUACAUCUUAUUUCGCAUUCUGUCUCGGGCUGUGGACUCUAAAUGCAUUACCAGGAUAAAGCUAUAG